UCAGAUGCUGUCCCACAACCCAGAUUCUACUGUGUCCUGUCCCCAGAAGCCUCAGAGGAUGAUUUGAACCGACUCGAUUCUGUGGCAUGUGAUGUUCUUUUCUCUAAGCUUGUCAAGUAUGAUGAGCUUUACACUGCACUGACAUCCCUGCUUGCAGCUGGAUCCCAGCUUGAUACAGUCAGGAGAAAGGAAAACAAGAACGUAACGGCCUUGGAGGCCUGUGCCCUUCAGUGUUACUUCUUGAUUCUGUGGAGGAUCCUGGGGAUUUUGCCACCAUCAAAGACCUACAUGAACCAGCUGGCUAUGAACUCACCUGAGAUGAGUGAAUGUGACAUCUUACACACCCUGCGCUGGUCUUCCCGCCUCCGCAUCAGCUCUUAUGCCAACUGGAUAAAGGAUCACCUUAUCAAACAGGGCAUGAAGGCGGAACAUGCUGGUUCUCUCCUAGAACUGGCAUCCACCAAGUGCAGCUCAGUGAAAUAUGAUGUUGAAAUUGUAGAGGAAUACUUUGCUCGACAGAUCUCAUCAUUCUGUAGCAUCGACUAUACCACCAUCUUGCAACUCCAUGAAAUUCCAAGUCUGCAGUCCAUCUACACCCUUGAUGCUGCCAUUUCGAAGGUCCAGGUCUCCCUGGAUGAGCAUUUUUCCAAGAUGGCCGCCGAGACUGAUCCUCAUAAGUCUUCUGAGAUCACCAAGAACCUGCUUCCAGCCACUCUACAACUCAUUGACACCUAUGCAUCAUUCACUAGAGCCUAUUUGCUGCAGAACUUUAAUGAAGAAGGAUCCACUGAAAAACCUUCCCAGGAGAAAUUGCAUGGCUUUGCUGCCGUUUUGGCUAUUGGCUCUAGUAGGUGCAAGGCAAACACUUUGGGUCCCACACUGGUUCAGAAUUUACCAUCCUGGGUGCAGGCUGUGUGUGAAUCUUGGAACAACAUCAACACCAAUGAGUUUCCCAACAUCGGAUCCUGGCGCAAUGCCUUUGCUAAUGACACCAUCCCUUCGGAGAGUUACAUCAGUGCUGUGCAGGCUGCUCACUUGGGGACUCUUUGUGGCCAAAGUCUGCCCCUGGCUGCUUCUCUGAAGCACACCCUCCUCUCACUGGUCAGGCUGACCGGAGAUCUUAUUGUUUGGUCCGAUGAGAUGAACCCGCCACAGGUAAUUCGGACCCUUCUUCCCCUUCUUUUGGAGUCGAGCACUGAGAGCGUCGCUGAGAUCAGUAGCAACUCCCUGGAGCGCAUCCUGGGCCCUGCGGAGUCUGAGGAGUUCUUGGCUCGAGUGUAUGAGAAACUGAUCACUGGUUGUUACAACAUUCUGGCCAAUCAUGCAGAUCCCAAUAGUGGACUGGAUGAAUCCAUCUUGGAGGAAUGUCUCCAAUAUUUGGAAAAGCAACUGGAGAGCAGCCAGGCUCGUAAAGCUAUGGAGGAAUUUUUCUCUGACAGUGGGGAACUCGUGCAAAUCAUGAUGGCAACAGCCAAUGAGAACCUCUCUGCUAAAUUCUGUAACCGAGUUCUGAAAUUCUUCACCAAACUCUUCCAGCUGACUGAGAAGAGCCCAAACCCGAGCCUUCUGCAUCUCUGUGGCUCUCUGGCACAGCUGGCUUGCGUGGAGCCCGUGCGCCUCCAGGCCUGGCUCACCCGCAUGACUGCGUCGCCCCCCAAAGACUCUGACCAGCUGGAUGUGAUUCAGGAGAACCGGCAGCUGUUGCAGCUGUUGACUACGUACAUCGUUCGAGAAAACAGCCAAGUUGGAGAAGGUGUGUGUGCUGUGCUUCUGGGCACCCUGAUCCCCAUGGCGACAGAGAUGUUGGCCAAUGGUGAUGGGACUGGUUUCCCUGAACUCAUGGUUGUGAUGGCCACACUGGCCAGUGCAGGUCAAGGUGCCGGCCAUCUUCAGCUUCACAAUGCUGCUGUGGACUGGCUGAGUAGAUGCAAGAAAUACCUAUCACAGAAGAAUGUGGUUGAAAAACUGAAUGCCAAUGUAAUGCAUGGAAAGGUAAGCACAGUGAAGCAUGACAGCAAUCAGGGACUGAUGAUGAUUCUUUGUGAUCCAUAGAAGGCUCUCCGUUUGACUGGCUUCUGGCCUUGGCCAGCCUGGGUACAGUUUCAAAGCCCUAGGAGUUUGUAACGUGAACUGCAUGCCCUCGGGCCUCUGCUGGGUUGUGAGGAGUGAUGGGGGGAAAUAACAGGGUAAACAAAAAACAUCCAGCUGAAUCCUUAAAACCUAGUGAAUUCUUGCUGUUUUUUAGACAUUAGUAUGCUGUAGAAAAUUGUUCCCUGCUCCUGCAUUGGAACUGGGUACUCUGAGUAGGUGGUAUAUGGGGUCACCGACUGACUUCUUUGCUCUAGUCCAUGGACUAGAAUUGUUUAAUUUACCUGAAGGUUCAGGUCACUGCUGCGAAGAAUGGUUUUAAACUGACAGAAGUCUUGCAUGCAGGCAUUCUUCUCCUCCCCUUGCCCCACCAUGAACCUGACAUAGGUGGCUAAGAGCAGCUAACUGACCUCUGAGACCCAGCACUGCACCAUUCAUGUCUCCUUCCUUUCUUGCUAGUCUUUGUCCUCUCAGCUCUGAACUGUCAGAGCGCCUAGGGAAGGAACUUAGAAAUAUGAGGCCUUGAUGCCAGGCUCCAGGGAUUUUUAGGCAAACAUGAGCAGUGGUUUGCUGGAAAAUUUCGCUUGAUUUCUGAAGCUAUUCCUCCCUACUGCAUAAGUUUAAAACCCAGUAACGUAAAUGUCUUUUACUAAUGGUUAAAAAAAAUGCUGUUGGUAGGAAAAAAGCCAAUGAGAGCCCAUUCAUACUUUUAAUUUAGUCUUUUUAUUAUAUUGAUGUAUCCUUGACGUGUAACACUAUAUUAUUUUCAGGUGUACAGCAUAAUGAUUCGAUGUUUGUGUAGGUUGUGAAGUGAUCACCACAAUAAGGCUAGUUAACAUCUGUCUCCAUACAUAGUUGUAAAAUGUUUUUUUCUUGUACUGAGGACUUUUAAGACCUAUUCUCUUAGUGACUUUCAAACAUGCAAUACAAUAUAUUGUUAACUAUUGUCCCCAUGCUGUGCAUUAUAUCCAUGUGACUUACUUAUUUUAUAACCGGAAGGUUGUAUCUUUUGAACGCCCUUCAUCCAUUCUCCACCCACCCCCUGCUCCUGCCUCUGGCAACCACCAUUCUUCUUGAAUGGUUUUUGCCUCCAAUUCUACUCUGUUUUCCUGAUUUCAUUUUUACCUCAUUUUACAACAUUUCGUAGAGGGUUGUCUUCGUGUUUGAGAAUGAAUGAAUCACAUUAAUUCAGCCCAAUGUAUUAACUGCUACAUGCGGUCACAGUGCUCAGAGCUGAGGAAAUGGGUAAUUAAAAUGUUUUUUUGUCUGCUUUUAUACCAAGUCUCUGAU